GGUGUCCUAAGUCACUCAGUGGAUUGGCGAAGUCUAAUGAAACAGUAUCUUCAGGACUCAGUCUACUCCAAAGUCAUACGACCUCGAAUUCAACCCUCCAUUCAACCCGCCUUCGUUACAAAGAGUCAUAAUAAGGCGAACUUGUUGCCUUUUGCUGCCUCCGGGUCUAAGGCGGCUCGGGCUCCAGCCAUGGAUCUGCUCGUUCCUCCUCCUCCUUCCCUUCCCUCAGGUCAAAAAACGCCAGAUUACUUAAUUGACAUACUAACCUUUUACCGACGACCUCUGUGGGAUGUGUCCAAGGUUCUGGAUUACGUGAAAUCGCACAAUCGACUGCAUUUGUACAUUGACAAUUAUAUAUGGGAUAGUGCUGUGUCCGUAGUGCGUGCCGUUCCUAUCCCCUCAGUUUUUCCCGAAAAAGUUAAGGUGGAUCCGGAGGUGCGAGAAUUUGUGCGCGAGUUGUUGGACUUCUUCACUCAUCUGGGCAACUUUCCUCCAGUAGCAGAUGCACGACUCAUCACCUCAGUGACAGCGGGUCGGGAUGCCUAUGUGCCGCGUGACGGUGUGGUGCCUUUUGAUGUGAUCUUUCCUUCUGCUGAGAUACGUAAUCUACCUCAAUCGGGACAUGUCAGCACAUAUGUUCGCAAUUACCUGUGGAAUCAGGAUUUUCGGUGA